AUGCAAGAAGUAACAUUAGAAAAGAGCGUCUCCAUGCCCAAUACAUUUCGAGAAUAUGAUGAAUUUGGAUUUGAAAACAUAUAUGUAGAAAAUACUAUAUCACCAUUUUUUGAAUCAUUUCAAUUGAAAAGGAAUGACCAUGGGAAUUACAUAAUUAUCACCGAUUAUAAGCUACUCCUAAAAAUAAAAAAAUAUAUAUUUAAAAUUAUAGCUUUUCUUCUAAACAAUAAAGAAAAUGAAAAAUCAUCCCUUAAGAACCAAACACAGAAUAUACUAAAUACAAGCGGUAUCAUUACACAGCUGAGAAAAAAAAAUGACCAUAAUGAUGUAAAAAAACAAAAAAAUAUACACACAACAUAUACACAACUUGAUACAAAAAAUUAUGAACAAGUCAUGCAAAAUGUGAUUGAAAAUCGACAAAUUGGUGACAAAAAUCAACAUAAAAACCUUGCCAGACAAGAAAAAAAUGUAUAUAAUGAAAAUAUACUAAACGAAAAGUAUAAAAAUAUAAUUAAAGAGAUAAUUAAUAAUGAUAAAAUAAAUACAUUUGAAAUAGAAAAUGUUCUAAUUGUUGUUACAAGGAUACAAAAAAAAUAUCAAAAAGUUGACAAACUCGAAGAGUUUAUAGAAAUUUUAAAAAAAAUUCCAAUUUCAAGCCAAAGUGAAAUAUUUGUUUUUUUAAAUAAAUACAUGAUAUACAUUCUACAGAUUCUUCAUGAUCACUUUAAAGUGAUGAAAAUAUAUGCAUUCCCCCUUAGUAUCAGUUCAGCAAUUACAAUGAUCCAAGAAAUAUCUCGAAUUUCGAAUAACCCCAUCUUAAUCUACAUAGCAAUAUGCCUACUUUUGCCUUUAAAUAAAAAGGAAUAUACAUUUGGUUUAGCGGAGGCGCUAAAAUUUGGAAUUCUUAAUGAUAAAAAACUUUAUAUAAAAAUAAAAGAAAAGGAUUUAAAAUAUUUUCGAAAAAGGUUGAAAUAUAUAAUAUACAAAUGUAUAAAAAAUAGAGAAAAUGUAAUAAAAAAAAUGUGCCAGAAAAAUGUGAAUUAUAUGAAUAUUUUAAAUUUUGGUAAUAUUAUAGGAAAUGCAAUAAAAAGUGUAUUUGAUCAAAUAACAACUUUUGAAAAUUAUAAAAAUGAAUACAAUAUAUAUGGAAUUUACUACGAAUUAAAAAUAUUAAAUGAAAUUAAUAAGAUAAAUAUGCUUUUAUUUCUUGAUAUUGAACAAGUUAUGACAAAAUAUAAGUUAAACUAUAAAUUAAAUCAAAAUUUUCUUAAUUAUUAUACUAAAGAUAUAAUUACAUUUUUACACAAAACAUAUUGUUCUAAAGAAAAUAAUAAAAUUCCUAUUAUUCAUCUAACAGACAUAAAUAAAAUAAAACCAGAUAUUAUAGUAAAUGUACCAUUGUCUAUAUUUUAUAAAGUUCUAUCGCCCAUUGUUUCUAUUUCAAUGUGUUCGAAUUUUAUAUUAUCAAAUAUUUUUCAUAAUUCUCAAAAAAGAGAAAUGAUAAAUAUAAACAAUUUAAAUUUUUUAUUUAUAAAAAAUGUUGGAAAUAAAUCUGAAACAAUCCGUGCAAUUUACACUAGUUGCAUGUCUAUGCAAAGUGUUAUACUUAGAAAUAUUAAUCUAUGUUUCGAUGUUGUUUUAUUUAUUAAAAUUUUAAAGGAUUUAAAAUUUAAUAUAUGUUUGAAAAAAAAAACGAAGAAAAAAUAUAAAACCAUAUUUGAUAAAAUAUAUGAGAAUUCUAUUGAAACAUACAAAUGUGAACAAUAUGAAAAUUACCUAUCAAUUACGGGAAAUAUAGACAAAAGGAAUUCCAAUUUUUUAUUCAAAAAUUUUAUAUUUCAAGAUAAAAUAAUAUUUAAUGUAUAUAACUCUGGAACUGUUUGCCGAUUAAUAUUACCAUUGUUAUGUUUAUAUAUAUGCAAACAAAAUUUAAAAGCAAAAAAAGAAAAUAAAAAAUUAUUAAAAUUUAUUAUUUUAAAAGGAAAUGAACAAAUGGAAUGUCUUCGAAUUAUAAGCCCAUUGGUUAAAGUUAUUCAAAAAUCUUUUAAAUAUAUAAAAAUUAUUUAUUUAAAAAAAAAAAAUUAUUUGCCUAUUCAGAUAUCUGUAAAAAUAGAGAAAUUAAAAAAUUAUGAUAUUUUUUUAUCCAACAAUAUAUUUAUUAAUAAUUCUGCAUCUAGUCAAUUUGUAUCUUCUAUGUUAUUAAUUUCCCCAUUUUCCGAAACUAACACAUGUAUACAUUUGCUAUAUAAAAGGAUUAGGAACAAAAUUCAGAAAAAAUAUUAUUUAAAAAUAUAUAGGAAUAAAUUUUUUAAAAUACAAAUUAAGAAAAAAGUUAAUUAUUAUAAUUCAUUAAUUAAUGUCUCUAAAAAAAAUAUUUAUAGAAAAAGUUUGAAUCCCAAAGAAUUAUCAAAUUACAAAUGUAUCUAUAAUAAAGUAUUCUUAAAAAUUGUUUAUACAAAAAAAGAUAAACAAUUUGAUAAAACUCAAAUAUGUGCAAAAGAUAUAAAAGUAUGUAGUGAACAAAUCCGAAAUAGACAAAAAAAUGUUAUAAGUGUAAAUAAAUCGAAUAAUAUUUUGAAAAAAUUAAAUAAAACAUAUUUUGAAACAACUUCAAAAUCUUUUAUUGAUUUAACUGUGAAUAUAAUGAAAUUAUGGGGUGUAAAAGUUUGUGUACAAAAUUAUAAUUAUAUUAUAAAAAAUGAAAAUAUAUUAUCAAAAAAAUAUGACAAUUUUGCAUAUUUUUUAGUAGAAAGAAAAAAAAAAAAAAAAAAAAAAUCUAUACAAUAUCAUAAAAAAAGCUAUUGGAAAAAUAUAUGUAGAUAUACUUAUUCUAACUAUGUUAAAUUAAAUAGAUACAUAUGUAAUUUGAAUAAAAAUUUAUUUAUGAAAUCUAUUUAUAAAAAUAUUGUUAACAAAAUUAAAUACUACAAAUUAGGAGUUAAAUAUGAACAAACCAAAGGAAAUGAUUAUACAGAUAAAAAAAAUAAAAAUGAAACAGUUUUAGACAAUUCAUGUUUGAAUAAUGUUAGUAUUAUUUAUAAGCCUAUAUACAGAAUAUGUAACGAUUUAGGACUUUAUUUUUAUUUUAUUGUUGGAUGCAUAAUAAAAAAAAUAAAUUGCAGUUUUGUUUUAAACUUAUGUCUAAACAAUAUUAUAAUGAAAAAAAUUAGCUCAAAAUAUUAUAAAAUAAAAUAUUUUAUGAUUCAAAAAAAUGUGCAAAAUUAUUUUUUAUUAAAUUUAUUACUAUUAUUAGGUGUUGAUAUAUAUAUAAAAAUAAAAUCUGCUAGAAAUGUUAGAUUAUAUUUAUUUACUUCAAAGGGAAUAAAUAUAAGAAUAAAAAGGCAGUUGUAUCAAUACUAUGAAAAAAAUAAAAAAGAAACAAACAAAAUUAGGAAAGUGAAAUAUCAUCCUUUUGAGAAAAUAUACAUAAAUUAUUAUUUUAAUAAUAUAAACAAAGUAUUAAUAAAAAUAGUUAUAGAUGCAGAAUCUUUUUCAGACGAUUUUUUUCCUAUUUGUGUUUUAUUUUGUUAUUAUAUAAUAAUUCAUAAAACUAAAAAUAUAUUAUUCAAAAUAAAGAAUAUACAUAAUCAAGAUAUCAAAGAAUCGAUACGUAUAAAUAACGUUGUCUAUAUACUUAAGCUUUGUUUUCAAAAUUUAGUUUUGAUUUUAUGUGACAAAAAUAGUAUAUAUAUUACAAGAAUUCGCAGUUAUAUAGAUAAUUGUAUAUUCAAUUUAAAUCGUAAUAAACAUUAUAUAGACACUUCAAAAAUAGGUUAUAAAAAAAAUGUCAUAUUUUAUAACAAUUCUAAAUAUAUAUUAAAUAAUAAUAAUAUAUUAUAUUUAUUCAUAGAUACAAAAAAUGAUCAUAGAAUUAUUUUUAUGACCACUAUAUUGUCACUUAUUUUUCGAAACAUUUUAAUUGACAAUUGUUUCCAGAUUAAAAAAAGUUAUCCAGAAUUUUAUAAGCAUGUAAAUGAAUAUCUACAAAUAAAUCUUAACUAUGCCACAUCUUUUGAAUUAAAAUUUAAUCAUUUUAUUCAUUUUAACAAUUAUAACAUAUUAAAUGAACAUAUUAAUUCGUCAUUUUCGGGUUCUUUAAAUAUAAACAGUUUACUUUUUACUGAUUUAGUAAAAAAAAAAAAAAAAAAAAAAAAAUGGAAACCCAAUUUUUUAAACUAUUAUAAAGGAAUAACUAAUAACUCAGAAAUUGAAAUACCACAAAAUGAAAAUUAUAUGAGAAAAUAUAAAUAUAAAGAAAUAAUAAAAAAUGAUAUUAACAUUUGUUAUUUAUUAAAAGAAAUAAAUCGUCUUAAUAUAAAUAUAAUAUGUGGCAUUCGAAAUGUAGGAAAAUCCUUUUUAGGGAAAAAAAUAGAAAAUAGUUUUGUAAUAGAUAUAGAUGAUUAUGUAUUUGAAAAAGAAAUUAAAUUUGAUAAAAUUAAAAUAAACGAUUUUAGAUAUUAUGAAUAUCUGACAUUUAUUUCGGUACUUUAUAUGUCUUAUUGUAUUUUAGCUUACAAACCAUGCUCAAAAGGUUGUGCAAAUAAAACAAAAAUAAGAUAUACAAGUAAAUAUAAACAAAUAUUUCAUAAAGUUGAUAAUCUAUAUUUUUUCAUAAGUAAUGAUGUGAUUUUUUAUAAUAAAAAAAUAAACGAUUUAUAUAAAAAUAUAAAACAUAAAAUAAAUCAAUCAAAUAACAAUUAUAUUAAUAAUAUAUCUAUCAUUUUAGGAGGGGGGAUAAUUGAAUUUGAAAAUUCAAGAAAUGUUAUAAACAAAUUAAAAAAUGUUACAAUUAUUAAAAGAGAUAAAUAUGAAUUAUAUGAAAUAUGUAUAAAUGAUAAAAUAAAACCAAAACUAUCAGGAAAUUUAAUUGAAAUUAUAGAAAAAAGAACUAUAAUAUUUAACGAAUUAAAUAUACCUUUUCAUUUUUCGAUACCUACAGAAUAUAUUAUAAAUAAAAAUAUAAAAAAUUUAAAUAAAACAAGAAAUAACUUAAUUGUAGCUAGUUUUCUAAAUUUUUUUAAUUAUAAAUUUUAUGUUAAACCUAUUAUAAAUCCUAAAUUAUUAUUUACUCAAAUUAUUUCCAUAAAUCUGAAUGAUUUCCAUUUAUUUAAUUAUAAAUCAAUGGAAUCCAAUUAUGAAUAUGUUGAACUUAUCAUCAAUGAACAAAAUGAAAGUCAAACCAAAAAUCGAAGUGAAAUAAACGAAAAAAGUGUUAAUUUUCCAUCCAUAGAUUUCGAAUUGCUAAAUCUAGCUAUUUUUAUUAUUCGAGCAUAUACAUCUAAACCUAUUAUAAUAAAAUUAAGCAAAUAUUUUUUUUGUCAUAAUUUUAGUAAAAGUAUGACCAAUUCAGAAAAAAAACAACUUGAAAAAAUAAAUCUUAACUAUUUAAUAAAUAUAUUUUAUAAAUACAAAAUUAACAUAUUUGAUAUUGAUAUAAAAUAUGUAGAUAUUUUAGAAGAACAAAAUGAAAAUUGUUUUUUUAUUAUUUCAAAAAAUGUAAAUGAAAUAAAUAAACUACAAAAGUAUAUAAGCAUAGUUAAUAUGUUUUAUGUGGGUUGUUUAAAAUUGUCAUUUCAUUUAUUUUCUAAAAAAAAUAAAGAAUUACUCAACUCAAUUUUAAAUGAAUAUUAUAAAGACAGAUUAAAAAACAAAUCUUUGCAAAGCUACAACCAAUAUAUAAAAAAAAAUGGAGAAUAUAUUUUAUUAUAUAAUAUAGAAUCUAAAUAUAACCCCUUUUCAGCCUUUUUAUAUAACCAAAUAACAAAUUUUAAAUUUCAAAAGUCCUUUUUAACCAAUCUACAUAAACAUAACUCCAAAAAAAUAUUUCAAAUAAUCAAACAAAAUGAAAGUCAAAUAUUAUAUUCCAGUUUUAUGUAUACCCAUUAUUACACAAAUUGUAUAAUUGCUAUUUGUUAUUCCUCCAAUUGUUUGUAG